AUGCUAAAAUCGUUAGCCUGGACUGCUUUGUGUUUUGAAUAUAUACUAAAAUGACAUGAUAAGCCAACUCUCAUAACUCUUGUAGCUGAUCCUACAUCCAGUGGGGGUGUAGGACAUCGAGGAGGGAGGAUGGUGUAUCCAGUCAGAUUUGACUUCUUUAGUGAAAUGCAAUGUUGGGCUAGUUGGGCGAAUGCUUUUUUUUGAUCAAUGUUUUGCAUUAGAGGAGAAUGAAGCUGAAAGAUGAAUAGGAAGACUUUAUUUAGAAUAUCUCUCUUAUUCUAA